AAAAAUGACAUUAGGAAAAAUAUUUUUGCAAUUUCUAAUCGCGAAAAGUAGGCGUUUUUGUCGAUAAUUUCAUCGUACAAGAUUUAUCUUUUAAUAUAUAGAUACUUUAUGUUAGUGUAAACAGUAUUAGAAUCUAAUUAAUCUGUCAAGAUGAUGAACCAAUACAUAAAAGAGUUAGAACAAGAUCCAUUUGAUCCAGAUGAGUUUGUAGAGAGGAUGGUGAGAAGGAGUAUGCAGGAAUCCCGGUUGAAGGAUGACCAAUUUGAUCCUGAAAUGAUACAUGACAUUUUUACGCAAGCUAUACAAGAUUUAAAGGUGUUACAAGAGAGACAGGAGAGGAAAUGUGCAAGGCUGGAGCAAUCUGUGCAAGAAGAAGAGAAACUGUAUGGUGCUAAACUGGCUGAAAUCAUGGAUCAACAUACUCAUUGUGUAGGAGUGUUCAGAGCGUUAGACGAGCGCAUGUCUCGUUGCGGAGGCCGAGCGCUGGACGUUGGCGAGAAGUUAGGCGCCGCGCGAGCCCCGCGAGCGAGGGCUGCCGCUGCCAGGGACCUGCUAUCUCAUCUGUCACACUUCUUGAGCCCUGGGCCGGUGCUUAUUGACCUGUUUAACGAUCCAAGCAAGCUGAAUGAAGCAGCAGAUGUCAUACAAAAACUCCACACAAUAGCUCAAGAGUUGCCGCCUGACAAAUUUGAAGUUGCCAAGAAGAAAAUCGAAGCCAAAUACGAUGAGAUCGAGAGGAACCUCAUUGAAGAGUUUGUGAAGGCACAGAAUCAGGGCAAUAUGGCCAAGAUGAAGGAAAUCGCUAAUAUUAUGACCAACUUUAAAGGCUAUUCACAGUGUGUUGAUGCUUUUAUUGAGACUAGCCAAAUGAAUGCCUUGCUAGGCAAGGACAUAUUCGCAGCAGUUCUACCUCUAUGCAAGAAGAACUACACGAUCAUAAGCAAUGUAUUCCCGAACCCUGACCAAGUGAUGAGCAAGUUUGUGCUGAAUAUAUUCCAUCUGAAGCUACAGAAGUAUAUACAGACCAAGUUAGCAGAUAAGAACGAUGUCGAGAAGUACUUGAAGAAUCUGUAUGAGAUGUACACUAGCACACAACGCGUAUGUGACGAGCUGGUGACCGCCGGCCUCGUCUCCGCAGAAGGCAACACCACGACAGGCGACCUGCGCCGCGACGCGCUCGUCAACGGCGCCAUGGCCGGCGCUAAUGACGGAUAUCCCGCCAUGGAGACUCGGAGACUUAAAGCUGUCAUGUCGAAUGCUCUUAACUCUUAUUAUACGGAGAAACAACAUGUUAAAAAGCAGAUACAGGGUGGCGGUUUCCAAGAUUUCCGUCGUGAUCUACAAGCGGUGAUCGGCACCCGCGCGAACAUUAACAUCGCUCAGAUAGAGAACUACGGCGGCGAGACGUUCCUUAGCGAACAGCUCGUGCAGAGGCUGAUCAACGAUGCUAAAACCUCCUUCACUAGGUGCAAGACUCUAUGUACUGCCAACGAGCUGUCUGGAACUACAGUGGCCCUCUUAGAGGUGGUAAUACAACAUCUACUUGUAGAGCACGUGGACUACGCUCUCGACUUGGGCCUGCAGUCCAUCCCGAUUGUUGAGAGCAAGUCACCGCCACAGAUAUAUUUCUUCGACAUCGUGAAGCAAGCUAACAAGAUUGUCAGAAUGUUUGAAGAACACUUCCAGGAAUCUGUCGUGAAUUGUAUGGCCCGGCCUAUGGUAUCAACAGGGAUUAACGCUGCCAGACAGCGAAGGAGUUCAACAACAAAACAAAACGAAUGCAUGCAAAGGAAGACAGCUAUUAUGGAGCAGCUUGAAAACAAGCUGGAUGCUGGUCUUGAGCGAGCUAUCGUAGCUAUUGUAAGCUGGGUCAAGCUGCAUCUACAAAAUGAGCAGAAGAAGACUGACUUCAAACCUGAAGGAGAUAUUGAUACGCUUGCUUCUUCUGCAUGCCUAGCAGUGGUGUCGUACCUAAACAACGUGAUGGACAAGAUUCACGGCGGCCUCGAGGGGGACAACCUGCAAGCAGUCACGUUGGAACUGGCCGUCAGACUCCACAGGGUCAUAUACGAACAUCUGCAUAACUACCAGUUUAAUUCUGCAGGUGCUAUGAUAGCAAUCUGCGACGUGAAAGAGUACCGCAGUGCCGUGUGCGGUCGAGGAGCCCGCGCGGCCCCGGCGCCGGCGCAUGCAUUGUUCGACGCACUGCAUGCCUUAUGUAAUCUGCUGCUGGUGAAGCCUGAAAACCUUCAUCAGGUCUGCGAGGGAGAAACUCUGGCGGAACUCGAUCAUUCCAUACUACACAACUUCAUACAACUGCGGGCAGACUACAAGAGCCACAAGCUAUCCAGCUUCCUCAAAGGACUUUCGUAAUUCUAGACAACGAUUUUUUUACCAAAUUCUGACGAUUUUAUAAAAGUUCGUCGGAUUUAGGCUUUGUAUACACUGUUGACUGAG